AUGUACAAGCAAAUUGCAUUAAUCCGUCAUUCCUGCCUCCCGAUUGCCUGCCGGACCAGAAUCGCUAUUCCUCCUAGGACGACGGUAGCAACCCUUAGCCCCGGAAAACUUGAAGAUUAUACCCCCUCAUCAGGCACUUCUAUAACGCCUACAUCAAAGCUCAGUAUAUGUCCUACGCCACGGAAUUUUACAACUGAAACUGUCACGCCAUCUAGAGAUGUCCGCAUUUUAGCAGCUAUCAAGCAAGAACAUCGCGAGAUCAAAGCCGACGCCGACACAAUCCUAAAUGGCACAACCCCAGAUCAGCAAACCCGCUACCAAAAUCAAUUCACCUGGGAGCUAGCCCGUCAUAUGAUAGGCGAAGAGCUCAUCGUCUACCCAGCUCUGGUCAAGUAUGUCAAGAACGGACAAAAGAUCGCGGACGAGGGCCGGGCAGAACACCAGGAUAUCAAAGAGCAAUUGAAGAUGUUCCAAGGGCUACGAUCGACGGAUCCGCGCUUUACCCCGACACUUCGGGUGUUAAUGGGUGAUUUGGAGAAUCAUAUUCGGAAGGAGGAGGAUCAGGACUUCGCGCGGUUGGAGGUGACGAUUUCCAAAGAGGAGAGUGAGGCGUUGACGCGGUCGUUGAAUCAAACGAAGAUGUUUAUUCCGUCUCGCUCGCAUCCUCUAGUACCGACUAAGCCGCCUUUUGAAACGGCCGUGGGGCUUUUGACGGCGCCUAUUGAUAUGGUUGCUGAUAUGUUUCGCAAGUGGCCGAAGGAGAGGAAGGGGAAUAUGUCUGCAUCUAGAUAA